CAUGCCACACUGGCAGCAGCUAUACAGAAUACACGUGACAAUAAUGUAUACAGCUAUGAAUAAGCUGUUAUACCACAAAUCACAAUGCACAUUUCACAUUGUAAAUUACUGUUUUUAUUCAAUAAUAAUACUAAUAAAAAAUGCACAGCACUAAAUAUGCUCCUUUUAUGUUUGUUGUAUCAGAUGCCUGCCAUGACAUUAAUUGAUAUAAAUAGCAUUCAAAUGUGGCACUGGCAAACAUGACGGAAAACAUUGCUUUGGAGUUAAUUUGUGGCAGUAGAGGUGAAAUAUGCAAGCAUUUGUGUGUCACUAUUUUGUAUUGGAUUCAUUGCUCAUUUAUUGCAGCAAAUUGUUGUUGCUACAAAAAUGGACAAACUCCGACUUCAACGGACAAUCAAAAAUGCUGAAAAGAUUGUCGGUACCCCCCUACCCACCCUUGAGGACCCUCCACAUCCCAGUCACCGGCUCUUCCAACUCCUUCCCUCAGAUGAUGACUAUUUACAAAAUGCAUCUGUCAUUCUGGACAAAUUGAAAAGCUAUUACAGACAAGGAGGGGAGAGCAGCAGCCUUUCCAAGCUGCUUCAGGAUUACACACAGGUGAUCCUAGAUAUCACAUUUUAUGAAGAGAACAAAUUGGUGGAUCAAGAGUUCCCGGAGGACUGUUCACCGUUUAAAAUCCAGCAGCUCCUGCAAGACCUGACCGAGCCAGAAGUUCUGGUGGGGAGACUAGCACCAUCUCAAGAGGUGCAGGCUGUUUUGGGGCUAGAGUUGUUAGAAUGCCUCUAUUGGAGACGUGGGGCACUGCUCUACAUGUACUGCCACACCCUUCAUCAACGGAAGCAAUGGAUCAAGGAAAACAAGGAGACGUUCCUGAAGUGUAUUCAAGAAGGAGUGCGCUACCUAAUGCGGAUGCUGCAGGUGAGGAACUCGGUGAAGCUCAAUGAUGGGGUGGUGCUCCAUGACACUGCCACUGCAGGCUUCUUAUCUGAAGGCAUUUUCUCAGACACGCACCUGCUGACCAUGAUGUACAUCGGGGAAAUGUGCUUCUGGGCGGUGAAAUACGAAGACUACAGCGGUGACACUGUGGAUUGUAAAGAAGACCGCCUCCAGUUUAGGGACAUUGGCACGCAGAUCCUCAACAAGUACGUGCUCGCCUGUGAGGGUCCGCUGCAGGGCCAGGGCUGGAACACGGAGAACGCCAAGGAGAUCCUCAGUGUUUUACAGUGAAGCACGCCGCCUCCGUGUCGUCCUCAGACGAAAAUCGGAGAUCAGUAUUCAGUGUUUUUUUUUUUCCAAUCCCUAAAUUUAAAAAAAAUAAAAAGGAACCUACCAGGUGAGGUACAGUGUAACGGAAGGCUAAGAGGAGGCAAGGGGAGAAAAUGUAUUUGGGCAAAGGUCAGCUGGACCUCACUACAUGCCAGAUGGUCCAGGUUGGUGGCAUUAUAAGAUGUGGUGUAAAACUGACAAGUGAUUUUUUUUUUCUUUUUUUUUUUUUCUACAUGUUCUGCUGGAGAAAAGCAGUUCUCUUCAUUCUAGACUGUUGACUAGGGCACUUGUUUUGCUCUAAGAAUGUUAUAAUAAUAUUAAUAUAAAAAAGUUCUUAGUAAAAAUACAUUUCCUUUUUUUUUUUUUUUUUUUUUUUUUUUUUAGAAUUAUCAAUAACACAGCCUAAAAUGAAACAUUGCACAGUAACAUUUUUAUUUAUUCUUAAGUUGCCAUUUUGGUAUGCUUUUAAUAUUUGACAUCUGUUUAUACUCGAUACACAAGUUUGUAAAUGUGUAUAAAAUACACACAAAGCAAAGGAGUUUUUCCAGAAAGUGUGAAAGCAUAUGUCCAGAUUUAUUCAUAAUCUACCCCUUGUAUUCCCCCUUUAUUGCAAAAUUUUCAACACUUAGUUAACUUUAUUUGUUUAGCUUUUAAUAGAGAAUGUGCUGUUUUGGAUUAAAUUUUCUGUUUUUUUAUGUCCUUGGUGACAAUAAAGCCCGUGUUUUAACAAG